UCAGGCAGCGCCGCAAACCUCGACUGCGGCUACACCGCCCCGCACACGCUCGACGUCGUCAUCAGCAUGUACGACGAGCCCAUAUCGAGCAUCGAAGCCAUCUCCAGCGCUCUAGCCGGCAUCCCCGCCUUCAGCGCCCUCGACGCCCCGCCCCGCCUGCACAUCUACACCAAGCACAACGGCACCGAUCCCGAGCAGCUCAAAGAAGCCACAGGCGCGCACGCCGUGACGCGCCUCCCCAACGUCGGCCGCGAGGGCCACACCUACCUGCACCACAUCCUCUCGCACUGGGACGCCCUCGCACACCAAACCCUCUUCCUGCAGGCCGAGCCGCACUACCUUUCCCAAGCCUUCGCGCGCCUAGACGCCGCAUACACCCCCGCCACCGGCAUGAUCUCCCUCGGCGACAGCGGGUACACGUGCGCGUGCGGCGCGUGCGGCGACCUCAACUGGCACGACACGGCCGGCACCAUCGCCCAAGUCUACGAAGCCGUAAACAGCAACCGCACCUGCGCCCCCGGCAAGCGCGUCCUCCUCUCAUACCGCGGCCAGUUCCUCGCGUCGGCGGCGCGGAUCCGUGGAGUGGGGCGCGGCGUGUACGAGGGCCUGAACUGGACGCUUACGGCGCCGGAGAGCUGGGCGUGGGGGGACGAGUGGCGCUUCGAUGAGAGGGAGAAUAGUGCCAAUGCCCCGCAGUUUGGCUAUACCCUGGAAAGACUGUGGAACGUUCUUAUGCAGUGUGCGGAG